GUGCAGCAGAGUCUGGCGGGUCAGUGUUGGUGUAGCAGUAGUGGUGUGAGGGUGCGUCGCUGCGAGCUCUGCCUGGCUGUGACUGGGCCGCUCCAGCGGGGGUUGCCAGGAUGGGUGGACGGACGGUCAUUGCCAGCGUGCUGGCGGCCGUGCUUGGUGUGUUCAUGAUGGGUGUGCUCUCCCCGAACGCCUCGGCCUCCAUCUUUCCCGCCGCCAACACAGCUGCCUCCAGUAAAGAGCCCUUGGAGGAACAGGACCUGCUAGAGGGCAUCGCGGUGCCCUUCGCUGACCCCACCACACAGUACUUCGUCACAGGGUUUGAUGGGUUUCCGGCCUUCGGGUUCCGGGUGGGGGCGAGCAUCAAAUACCCCUACCGCCUCUUCAUGCCGGAGAGGUUCUAUCGCACGUUCUCGAUCCAGAUAGCAAUGAAGCCAGACACCAACAAUCCCAUGUUUCCCUUCGCCGUAACAAACCCGCUGGAGAACAUCAUUCAACUCGGGGUGGGUAUCAUGCCGGCUGACCACGGACGUACCAAUAUUUCCCUGUACUACACCGAUGGAGAGAGACACAUGACCUCUCAGAUCAUCGCUUCUUUCCUCGUGCCGGAGUUCGUCGGAUCUUGGAGCAGGAUAGCUCUGAGCGUGACUGAGGAGGACAUUCAGCUGUGGUACAACUGUGAGAUGUACAAUGACGUGUUGGUGCGCCGGGUCCCCACUCAGUUGGUAUUUGACACAGCCUCCACACUCUACAUUGGCCAGGCUGGCGGUAUCCUCAAGGGGGAGCUGGAGGGCGCACUUCAGGAACUCAAGAUAUCCAACGAUCCGUCGCUCGCCAGAGUGCAGUGUGACGAGUCCUUCACGUCCAUGGGCUCCGGGGAGGGAAGAGGCGAUAUUAGCUUUGAGGAUGAUUUUCUGAGUGAUGUGGAGACCGACCCAGAGACGUCAGGCUACGAUGGAUCAGGUGAUGAAGGCGACGACAGCAUGCGUGUAUUUACCUAG